AUGUUCCAAUCUUAACUCUAUCAAUUUAAAUUGAAGACUAAAAUGAUCAAUCCUUGUAAAUAAAACAAUACAAUUAUUAGUUGACAUAAAAUAAGAAUUUAAAUUUUUGAACAAUACUCAAUAAUAAUGUACAUUGUAUUCAAAAUAAUAAUUAAAUCGAUCGACUUAUCUAAUGAGAUUUGGUAAUUCUUUGAAAUUUCGUAAUAAGCAAUUUCAUAAUAAGAUAAAUGUCUAGGUACUCGUAUUGGAUAGUAAAUUUCAUUAAAUGAUCCUAAAUUUGAUAUCAAUACAACGAGAUAUUAUUGUCCCAUUUCGAGAAUUGAUGAUGUAGGUAUGUUUGAUUUAUUGGUCCAUGCCAUUUAUACAGAAAUAAGAACUUUUCCACUCACAUUACAACAUUAAAUGUGAUAAUUGCAAUUAAGAUAGGAUGGGCAUAUUCUUAAUAUUAAUGGACCUUUCACUAAUUACCUUUAUCAUGGAUAUGGUACAAUAGAAGUCCCUAAAUAUAAUAUAAAUAAUAAUUACUUAUAUUUUGGCAUAGUUGCAGAAUCAUCAGCAAUUGCAGCUUUUUUCCAAGUUAUUUUCUAUUAACUAUUAAUAAUAGUUAAUAGAAGGUAUAGCUAUCAAUGGUGAUAAUACACAUAUAGGAUUACUUUAUUUGGCUGACACUCUUGAUGAAUUAGUUCUGAUGGAAGAACUAAUUUGGUAUAUGGAGGAGAAAAAGAUAAAUGCUACAUUUUUACUAAGAAAUGAACAAAAUUCAAUAGGAAAAGUUUUUAGUGGUCCUAAGGGUUAAUUAAAAACUAUAUAUAUUUGUAAUAGUAUUUACCAUAACCAAAUGAUUAAACAUUAAUCCUUGUUUGUGGUAGUAGGUAUUAAUUAUUCAAUUUUAUUUAGGGCUUUUAAAAAAGAAACUAAAUAAUAAUUGGAAUAUAUCAAUCACCAAAAUAUAGCCAUAAUUUGAUUAUAUAUUAUUAAAUAUUAUAUUAUAAAAUAUUAUAUUUAAUUAUGAUAUUAUUAAAUUAAAUCUAAUUAAUUAACUGUGA